AUGGGGAAAUGCAGCAACCAAAUGCCUAGUGUGUUUGGUGAUGAAGUGAAGGUGAAGGAGGGAGAUUCAGUCACUCUAACUGAUGAUGAUACUGAAAGACAGGGAUAUGAUAUGCUUGAGUGGUUGUCUGCAGCUGUACUCAUAGCUAAAAUCAAUAUGAAAAGUCAACAGAUCUCAUUUAAUGAUAGUCUUGAUGAGAGAUUCAGAAACAGACUGCAGCUGGACAAUCAGACUGGAGCUCUGACCAUCAUAAACACCAGAACCACAGACUCUGGACUUUAUAAACUACGUAUGAAAGGAACAAAUUUGAAGAGCAAGAGCUUUAAUGUUACUGUCUAUGCUCCUGUGCCCAUUCCUGUCAUCACCAGUUACUGUCCUUCAUCAUCAUCAUCAUCGGGAUCAUCAUCAGGAUCAUCAGGAUAUAAAUGUUCACUACUGUGUUCAGUGUUGAAUGUGGGUCAUGUGACUCUCUCCUGGUACAAAGGAAACAGUUUAUUGUCCAGCAUCAGUGUGUCUGAUCUCAGCAUCAGUCUCUCUCUACCUCUGGAGGUGGAAUAUCAGGAUAAAAACACCUACAGCUGUGUGCUCAACAAUCCCAUCAGCAACCAGACCACACAUCUGGACAUCAGAGAAAUCUGUCAACCAUGUCCAGACAUUUCCUCCUCCAGCAUCUGCUACUGUGCAUUGCUGAAGGUGUAA